AUGUACAAGACAGUGCGACAUGGCGAGAACAGUCUUCAAUACACUAUCCUCCCGCAAACGGAGGAAGUGUUGAACAAUAGCGGCUUGAAAGGAAAAGGACGGGAUUACAGCCCGUCGAUUCACGUGCGACGAUCACGUAGAAAAUCCACUGUUAAAUAUAUAUUACUCAUAAUAUUUGGCGUAAUUGUAACGCUCGGUUUAGCUUCUGUUCCACUUUACAUUAUGAAUGGAGCACUGUUAGCACGUAGGAAUCAACUAAACCAUCAUGAAGUUAUUACUACGGCACCGCUGGCACCAGCUGCUCGAGAAAUGGCUAAAUCUAGGAAAAAGGAAUUAAAAAUGUCGCCUGAAGUUGUUGCCACUCUAGGCCAGAGACCUGAAACGAGUACUAUUUCGAUUGCGACUACUAAAACUACGGUAACAGUGCCAUCGACAGUUACUGGUGAAAGAGCGACUACACCACCAUGGACUAUGCCAGCUUUACGUUCGUGGAAAAGUUCUACUUCUUCUACAGCUAUUCCACCAAUACCUACGGAAGAUAAUGCCAUUCCUCUUAUUGCCACUCAGCCGAAUAAUAAUGAUCGUGUGGCUGAUCAUGAUUUAUCACUUAAAUCUUGGGAGAAAGAUAUUAUCAUUCGUGCUACGGUUACCCCAGAAACCAGUACUCUUCGUAAUGUAUUGAGAUAUUAUUCACGAUCACACGUUUCAUCAGAAAAAUCUAUUGUAGCAAACACCAAAGCGUUUGACGACGUUCUAAUUACUACCAAACCAACAACAAAGAAAUUGCCGGUGACCACGGAUCUUUCUACAACCUUCGAAAGUUAUAAAUUGAAAGAUUUGAAAGAUGCAAUGUUGUCAGUAGAUGAUGAUGAUGAAUUUAAAGAGUCUCUGGAAGUCGAUGAAGUAUUUUCUUUGCCUCCGUUGAAGCCUGAUUAUGCGGCUCCAGGUACUGACUCCGAUGAAGUAACGGUGUCGAAGGCCGGUGAUGGCGGAUGGUACGGCGCGCGUUGGCCAUUUGUAGACACGUCAUCUUAUUUCCAAUGGACGGGCUACUCCCCGGGUGACAACCUACUGCUGCCAUUAUUGGUGGCCGCCUUAUCUUCAAUCGCUCUUGUCCUGCUGCUGGCGCUUGCAGUUCGCCGCCGAAAGCGCACGCAUUCUGCUUCCGCACAGAUUGGGAAGUUAACCGCCGAUCUACAAGCUGACGACAACACUAAUCUGUUGACGGCCGAAAACGCUGAAGAUGCCGAUGAGUGA